AAGCCAUCAACCACCCUCGUAUCCAAUCACGUGCACACCACCACCUCCCUACACAUUCGAACGCUCUCAUCCACCCUGAUUUACCACUUUGAUCAUAUUCUUAACCCUGGUCCUCAUCUACUUACUGUAUCCCUCUCACUACUCACAAUGGGUUCUCUCGAAGGCCUUGCCCCUGCACCUGACUUCCUCGUCCUUGACGAUGCCAGGCCAGAGGACAAGUCCCUCCAGGCCUUCAUGGUGUCCAAAAGCCGAGGGUUCCUUCCCCGAAUGGACCCAGUCGUCACCCUGCCCUCCGAAUUCGACCCCCUUGAGUCCAUCCUCAACCGCAUGCCCGUCAAGACGUUGUCAGGGGAACCAGGUCUUCUCGCUGAUGGCAGACUCGGCGACGUGGUCAAAGCAGAGUUGCCUGACCUCACCGAGGCCAUGGACAAGUACAAGGACGACCUACCCCUGAUGAAUGCUUUGUACCGUGACUAUUCCUUCCUUGCCUCAGCAUACCUCCUUGAGCCCUGCCAUCAGCGCUUCAUCAAGGGUGAGGAGUAUGGCCUCGGGCGGGACGUUUUGCCUGCCAACAUUGCUCGUCCUAUUGCUCGUUGUGCUGAACUUACCGGCUUCAAACCUUUCAUGGAGUACGCCGGGUCAUAUGCUCUCUACAACUACAAGUUGGUUGAGCCUGCUAGGGGCCUCGAGUAUGACAACUUGAGGUUGAUCCGAGCCUUUGAACAUGGCCUUGACCCCUCGUCCUCUGAGGCGGGUUUUGUCCUUGUCCAUAUCGACAUGGUACGCAACUCAGGGCCGCUUGUCACGGGUGUUGUGGAGGCGCUUGAUGCCUGCAAAGUCGCCGCUCCUGGCACCUCCAAGGAGCGCCGCGAAAAGGUCAACAGUGGUCUGGCCAAGAUCCUCGAGGCGAUGAAGAAGAUCAACGAGGUCAUGGACACCAUGUGGCAAAAGUCCAAGCCGCGCAGUUAUACCUCCUUCCGUACUUUCAUAUUCGGCAUCACCUCGCAGAGCAUGUUCCCCAACGGAGUCGAGUACGAGGGCGUCAGCAACGGCGAGCGCUGGGAUUUCCGCGGCGAAUCGGGUGCUAAUGACAGCAUCAUACCUACGUGUGACUCGGUUUUCGGAUUGCCUAUGCCCCAGACACCGUUGACGGACAUCCUAAAGGACUUCCGGCAAUACAGGCCCAGCAACCACCGCCAGUGGAUAGAAUGGGUUAACAACAGCUCAGCCUCUUACGGCUUGAAGCAGUUCGCCCUGGGCUUGGACAAAGCCGAGGAUGACACUGAUGAGGCAGCUCUCACCCAGUCCAAGGCGUUAUGGAUUCAGUGCCUAGACAGAAUUCGCGAGUUCAGGUGGCGCCACUGGUGUUUCACGAGGGAGUUCAUCCUCAAGCAGACAAGCCACCCUACGGCCACCGGUGGCAGUCCUAUUGUGACAUGGCUGCCGAACCAGUUGACUGCCGUCCUCGAUGAGAUGGUCAACGUCUAUGAAAUCUCGACGAAGAACGGCGAGAAGCUGGGUGAGGUUGUGGAGGACAUCAUGGACCUGGCCACCCGCCAGAGGGAGACUCUGGCCAAGGAAGUUGCCAAAUACUGCCAGGAGCGCGGUGUGGACCCGGCUAAGCAAGGCCUGCGUGUUUGA